CGGUUCAAUCUCUAUCGAGUGGCGGCGCCACAGCGCAAACAACCUGUCGAAGCGAAGAACGGCAUAUUUAUGAUGUGAUUUCGGGAGUAAAUUCGAUGAAUUUUCGUCGAUAUUGUGCACAGCAUUCGUUCCUGAUCCUGUCGUGCAUAGCUGUGGUAACUAGGCGUUGCUGUCACUUGGCUUCCUGUGGCCCAUUUCGUUUUUCCCAAAUUUCCAACGCUUCUUUGACCACGAUGAUGUUGACCUCGUGGCCGUAUCCGAGAACCGGAUCUAUUAUGUGGAUGCUGGGCAUAUGACGAUCCGUUUAUACAGUGGAAAAGUGUGUUGCUUGUACCAGUAAGGAUUCUUGCUAAGGAUAUUUUAUAGCCCUGCAGAUCUUACUGUGGUAUAGAUUUUAAGACUGCUGAAGUCUGAAGUUGAAGCUGUUUUUCUUAGACAACUGUUGAGAUUGAAUUGUACAGUGUCUAUGAAAACAUUUUAAAGUGAAAAUGUUUGCCAAGAAAAAGAAGAAGCCACAGAUUUCUACUCCUACCAAUUUUGAGCAUAGAGUACACACAGGGUUUGAUAAGCGUGAGGGGAAGUUUGUGGGACUUCCUUUACAAUGGGCAUCUAUCGUUGGGAAUAAUCAAAUUCUCAAGUCCAGUAAUCGGCCAUUGCCUCUGGUAGAUCCCAGUGAAAUAACACCUACAGACAUUCUUGAUUUGAAGACUAUUGUGAGAGGUCAUAAUGAUUCAAAAAUUGCAAGAUUGGGAGAGAAAACUGCUGAGAAUAAACUUCCCAAGACUAGCACAGUUGCCAGAUCGAAUUCGCUGCGAUCAUCAAGCCCACCAAGACUUAGAAGAGACUACAGAACUAAUUCAAACCUUCCGCCAUCUGUGCCGGAAGGCCAAGAGAUGUCCUCCAGUCCAGGCCAGAUGCAGGCAUAUCCCACAUUUGGAAAACCACAUGGCUAUCCUGAUAGUCUAAGACAGAAUUCACCAAAUAUGGCUCCUGGCUUAAAUCCUAAUCUCCAAAACCUGAUUCCUAACUUGCAGAAUCUCAAUCCUAACAUGCAGUCUUCGCCAAAUUUGACUCACCUAGGUUCGACUGCACAAAACAUGUCUCUUAAUUUCCAAAACUUAAGCCCCAUUCUCAACCUACAGGGCCCCACAUCAAAUCCGAAUACCCCACAGAUAUCAGAGCAUGAUUUCCAAAGGAUGAAUCCACCACCAGCCAUAUCGUCGAGUCAAUUCAAUGGGAAUAUACCUGUACCUAACAUCGACUCCUCUUCACGAGAUCAUCAAAUGGCACAAAACGUGCUGCUACAUAAACUGCAGCCCAAAGUUUCACCAGUUGGUUCAAUAGCCUCUCAACGCCCAUUGAGUCAACUAAGCUCACACAACGUGAACAAACAUUCUCAAAACUAUGGGAUUAGCGAAAACCCACCGAAUUUACACGCUCACUUCCAAAAACCAAUAGAAAGCUCGCAAUCUAUGCAUAAUCUCUCAAAAUCAGUUGUCACCUCAACAGUUCCUGGUGUCAGUUCAACUCCGGAUCAAAACCAAAACAUGAAAGCCGCAGUAUCUUCAGGAAACUUAGCCGCUGCUUCUGGAACAAACAAUGCUAACAAACAAAGUGCUGAACAGAGACUGACACAUGAGCAAUUUAGAGCAGCGCUUCAGAUGGUUGUAAGUCGUGGUGAUCCAAGAGAAAAUCUUGAAAAUUUCCUGAAGAUCGGUGAAGGUAGUACAGGGACAGUUUGCAUAGCUACGGAUAAGAGUACGAAUCGUCAGGUAGCCGUGAAGAAGAUGGACUUGAGAAAACAGCAGAGACGAGAACUACUUUUUAACGAGGUUGUCAUAAUGAGGGAUUAUCAUCAUCCUAACAUAGUAGAGAUGUAUGAUAGUUUCUUAGUAGAUGAUGAACUUUGGGUCGUUAUGGAGUAUUUGGAAGGUGGAGCUUUGACAGAUAUCGUAACACAUUCACGCAUGGAUGAGAGUCAGAUUGCUACAGUCUGCUCACAGUGCCUUAAGCCAUUGGCGUACUUGCACUCUCAGGGUGUUAUCCACAGAGAUAUAAAAUCAGAUUCAAUCCUACUGACAGCCGACGGGCGUGUUAAACUAUCUGACUUUGGUUUUUGCGCUCAAGUCUCUCAAGAACUACCAAAACGUAAAUCUCUUGUAGGUACACCAUAUUGGAUGAGCCCAGAAGUGAUUUCCAGGUUACCCUAUGGACCUGAGGUUGAUAUCUGGUCACUGGGUAUAAUGAUCAUAGAAAUGGUAGACGGUGAACCUCCUUUCUUUAAUGAACCUCCUCUUCAAGCCAUGAGACGUAUCAGAGACAUGCCUCCUCCAAAGCUGAAAAAUUCUCACAAGGUUAGUCCACGACUUCAGGGCUUCCUGGAGAGAAUGCUGGUUCGAGACCCGGCCCAAAGAGCCACAGCAGCAGAAUUGUUACAGCAUCCAUUCCUGAGACAAGCUCAGAGUCCCAGCAUCCUGAUACCGCUAAUGAGAGGAGCAAGGCAUACCAAUUGCUGACGAGAUGUUAUGAAAAAGUCACAGUUUUCAUGGAAAAAGUAUCAUCGUUAGUAUAUGAUAUCUAUAUUGAGGUUACGUUUAUUUAUAAAGAAGAAGAAACAUUAUGCCGCGUGAAAAACCUCGAGAAUUCGAGGCAUGUACUUUAUCCGGUCACUAUGACUUAACAUUCCAUUUGUGACACAAAGACAUUAACCUAUACAUUAAAUUUGAAUGUUUGCACCGAGUGUGAUUAGGAGCUAGCAGGUGUGUAGACGAUAGUGCACUGCAUUAAAAUAUUAACUAAGGAAUUCGUACCCAAGUGCCUUGAGAUUAAGAAUUUUUUUCUUAAAUAUAAAGGGUGUAUAUAUUGAAAUUUAAUCCGUUACUAAUCGAUUUUCGAUUCUAUGAGGAAUUCAGAAAGUGACUUAAAUGAAAUAAUAAUUUUAUCACUCAGAAUCGAAUAUCGUAUACGUUUCUGUAUCCAGCUUGUUAAAAAAAAAUGAUAUCAAUUUGAGAUUCUGUUACAAAGUCAAUAUCAAUGUUUACUUCAAUUGGAGUUCUCUAUGAUUCAUUUAUCAUUAGAUAUAAUACGAAACACGUUAAUGUUUAAUUAUCCACCAAAGGCAGUUCACUUUGUAAACAUGUCGCUCGGUACUUUAUAUGAAUAUUAUUUAAUAGUAUUAUAAUAACAGGCAGUUCAAAUUGACUUGACCAGAUUAACUGGUGACAAUUAACACAUGCCGGGACUGAUAAAUAAUGAAUUGACAAGUCGGAAAGACUGAUCGAAUUCUUUUCUGUGUUUCUCCUGGUCCUUUUUAAUAUCCAGCUGUGAAAGUAUCAAGGCAGCUCAAUUAUAAAAUGAUAAGUAUUAAAUGACUAUCUUAUAUUAAGUUAUACAAUAAUUUAACCACGAGUAAACUGUUUUAUUAAAGGAUCAUCUUUACAUGGGUCUCAAUACAAGAGAGUCCCCUAGAUCCUCUAUUUUACUUGUGAAUCGAUUAUAUUAAUGAUGAUUUCAAUAUAAAUUUUACUCACGAAUAUAAUAACGUUAAAAAAAGAUAUAAGAAUGAUAAUCAUGCGAAAAAACCCAUAUGCUUUUCAAUGGGUAUGUUAAUACGUGUACAGGAUCUUAUCAAGUUUCAUGAUAACGAAUUUGUACUCAGAUUUUAAAGCGCUCGAGUAGCACUAGUUUGUGUGCAGCUUGAGAAAAACUAUCAAAGAUCUUAGCGCAUAAUCCUACCAAACAGAAGACAAGAAAAGAAAACGAUACGACAUAAUCCUGCCAACAUUCAUUCCAUUUUGAUAUAAGAUAUCGUGAUGAAAAUUUAAAAAAAAAGAAUGUAAUAGAAAAAUUUAACAUAGUCUUGCCACGUAACGACUGUACCGAGUGGCUGUUAAAAAAAAGACAAAACAUUCGUCACCUUUCUCAAAUGCAUUUCUAAACGUCGAGUUAAGGCCUUUGACUUAUUGGACAUUUAAGGCGGUUCGAUGAUGAUAAUUAUAAUGGUAAUAGGUAUUCAUAGAUUAAAAAGUCUCUACAAAAGAUUCAAGAUUUUGAGUUCAAAAAUUAAUCAAUGAAAGCGUUAAUAGGAAAUUUAUCGUUAAAAAAAUAAAAAUAUUGAAUUUUCAUGUUCCCAUUUAUGUAUCCAGUAUAUUUAUAUAAUGUAAAUGAACACUGCGUUUUUCUAUAUCAAGAACUGUACGCUAAAUCUCAUUCAAAUUGUGCAUAGUUCGAAAUGAAACUCUUAACUAACAUCUACCUACAUAAAAUUUGGUUUUCUCUUGAAAUGUCUCUAAUCAUCGAACCAUCUUAAGGCAUAAAACAAGUAUGUAAUUGCCGUACUAUUGCAUCUACCCACGGAGUACAAUGAUAUAACACCAUGUAAAUAAGUAUAAAGUUAAUUAAUAAUAAAUAUAUACCGAAAAGUU